AUGAAGUUCUCAAAAGCCCUCCUGCCGCUACUGGCGACGCCCUUCGUCGCCAGCGAACAUACCUCCAACUGGGCUGUUCUCGUGUCUACAUCCCGCUUCUGGUUCAACUACCGUCACCUUGCCAAUGUCCUGUCUCUCUACCGUACCGUAAAGCGCCUUGGAAUCCCUGACUCGCAAAUCAUCCUCAUGCUCCCCGAUGACAUGGCUUGCAACCCGCGCAACGCCUUCCCCGGCACUGUAUACAACAACGCGGAUCGCGCACUCGACUUAUACGGCGACAAUAUUGAAGUCGACUACAGAGGCUACGAAGUCACAGUGGAAAACUUCAUCAGGUUGAUGACAGACAGAGUGGGCGAGGACAUGCCACGAAGCAAGCGGUUAAUGACGGACGAGAGGAGUAACAUCCUAGUCUACAUGACCGGCCACGGCGGCAACGAGUUCUUGAAAUUCCAAGACGCCGAGGAAAUCAGCGCAUUCGAUCUUGCAGAUGCAUUUGGUCAGAUGUGGGAGAAGAAACGAUACCACGAAAUCCUCUUCAUGAUAGAUACCUGCCAAGCAAACACCAUGUACUCGAAAUUCUACUCUCCCAACAUUCUCGCAACAGGUUCCUCAGAAAUCGACCAGUCGUCCUACUCCCACCACGCCGACAACGACGUCGGUGUCGCCGUCAUCGACCGCUACACAUACUACAACCUCGAAUUCCUGGAGAACCAGGUCAAGGACCCGACUAGUAAACUCACAAUGGGCGAUUUGUUCGACAGCUACGACGAGGAGAAGAUUCAUAGCCGUCCUGGAAUCAGGUACGAUUUGUUUAGGGGCGGCGAACAGGAGGCGAGGAAUAGGAGGGUCAUGGAUUUCUUUGGCAAUGUGCAAAAUGUUGAGGUGGAGGGUCGGAAUGAGACGGCGUGGAUGCAAGAGGCGGAGGGUGUUGUCAAGGUGGCUAGGUCUCAUGAUCAGAGCGUUGAGAAUGUGAGCACAGAGAAGUCUGCACAGCGUAGCGUACGGAGAGAAGGUGCUUGGAAGGUUGGCGAGGAGCAAGGCUGGACAAAGCAAGCAUAUGGUGCUGCUGCAUUGGCUGGCUGCCGUUACAACGCCUGUUCUCACGUUAAUGAUACCCACUGCAAGUAA